UCUCGGAGCCUGGGAGUGUGUCGGACAGCAGUAACCAGCUCCCUCAUACCUGCGCAGAGCAUCCAGACCCGCUUUCCCCCCCUGACAGGACAGACGCACUGCAGCAAGCAGAGAGCAGCUGACGGAAAAUACUUUGAAGAGCCAAGAAGUCAGUCCAUCCUGCAUCAGCUAAAGAUGCUGCUCACAGGAGCCCGGCAUGUCCAAAUACUUCCACUUCUUAUAGCCGUCUGUCGUCUCACGCUGGCUUUCCCCACCCAGGGUCCAUCUACAUUUGGCGAUGCUCAGCAGCUCCAGGUGAACAUCCCCCACUCAGGUCCAUUUUCAGCCCCAUUGGGCAGCUCCAUCUCCAUUCCCUGCCUGGUGACUCUGUCCUCCACACCAACCACCUCCGCCUCCUCUUCCUUCCCUGUUGCACCACGGGUCAAGUGGACGGUGGUGUCUGGCGGGGUGGAGACGCAGAUCCUGGUGGCACGGGGUCAAAGGAUAAAGGUGAAUGAGGCGUACAGAGACCGCGCCGCCUGGCUCAACUACACCACCUCGCCUGAUGAUCUGUCUCUGUGGCUGGGAGAUUUGCGCUCCAGUGAUUCGGGUCAUUAUCGCUGCGAGGUGCAGCAAGGCCUGGAGGAUGCCAGCGACCUCGUACAACUCCAGGUCAAAGGUGUCGUUUUCCACUACAGAGACGCUCUGGGCCGCUAUGCGUUUUCCUUCCCCCAGGCUCAGAGGGCUUGUGAGGCCAUCGGGGCUCAAGUGGCCACUCCUGACCAGCUGCUGGCGGCUUAUUACGACGGCUAUGAGCAGUGUGAUGCGGGCUGGCUGGCAGAUCAGUCCGUCAGGUACCCGAUCCAAGUGCCCCGUGAGGGUUGUUACGGGGACAUGGAUGGCCAACCAGGAGUGAGAAACUACGGCACAAUGAAUCCAGACGAUCUAUAUGAUGUUUACUGCUACGUGGAAGACACUGAGGGGGAGGUGUUUCAUGACCCCAUCCCACAACAGCUGUCGUUUGAUGAAGCUCAGUCAUACUGCAGAGCAGCAGGAGCAGAGCUAGCUACAACGGCACAGCUCUACUCCGCGUGGAGCGAUGGUAUGGACCGCUGCAGCCCAGGAUGGCUCUCUGAUGGCAGUGUGCGCUACCCCAUCCUCACCCCUAGAGAGCGCUGUGGAGGGCCUCAGGCAGGCGUUAAAACCGUCUACCAGUUCAGUAACCAAACUGGCUUCCCCGAACCAUCCAGCCUUUAUGACGUUUAUUGUUUCAGAGAUAGUAAAAAUGCUCACACAGACUCUCCCAUGGACUACGAGGCCACAGAAUCUGAGGACAUUGGACAAGAUGUUGUUAUUCUGAUGGAAACAGCUCAUGAGCUCAAACUGAACCAACAUGCUGAGCAGGUGGAACUCAAAGCACAAGGUGUGCUUGAAUCUUCUCCCUUUACCUCCAGCUUUUCCACCGAGGAAAACCUUAUCGACACACACCCAACGGUUCUAUCAGAAACAACAGAGUCUCCCUUUUACACCACACCUACAGUGGACCUACUUCAGGGAUUUAAUGAAACUGUAUCUCCUACAGAGAUGAGCUAUGACUCCCAGCCUCCCACAGCACAGAUGAGCAGUAUGACCAGCACAACAGAAACCUAUGAUUCCACACAAAACACUUCAUUAUUGCUUCAUGUUUACAAUGAGACAGAGUCUCUGGACAACUUGAACUUCAACCAGUCUGAGCCUGAAAACACCACAGGGUUUCCAGGGCCUCUUACACAAAACCAGACAGUAUCAGUCACAAAUCAAGAAGAGAGCACACAGCCACCUGAUUCCCAAGAAACACAUGACAGCUACUUGACUUUUGACAGAUCGGAAGCCAAUUACAGCGACUCAGACAGCAAUCAUACAGAAGAGGAGAGUCUCUGGCAAGUGACUCUUAUGACCCUUGACCCCAUGGUUCAGGUGGAGUUAGAGGGGGCAGCAGUGGAAGAUCCCAUGCAUAUAUCCUUUUCAACUCAGGCCUCAAGAGGAGAAGAAGAAGUUGUUACAAGACCAGCACAAACUACAGAAUCAUCCAUCCAAGACUUGACCUCCAUGUGGGCGAACCUGGAUGGAUCUGGAGAUAUUUCUCAAGAGAGAGACGUUGAAGCAGUCAGCCUGAACUCCACAUCAGAGUCGACCAGAUCCAGAUUCAACCUUAACCUGACAAGUUCUGUUUCUGCCAGCGACACUCCUUCAGAGCCUACUACCAUACUUCCUGAUAUGACCGUCUCAUCUGGGUCCCGCCCUUCAGAAAAACUGAGCUUUGAUAUCUUUUCCACAAUAUCACAGCUCUGGGAGUCCUCCAUUUUCAAGCAGGAGGGAAGUACAAGCUUAGAAAUUGAAGACACAGUCACUUUGGAAAGUGAAGAAAAACUGCUGCACCCAACCAAGUCAGAAGACAUCCUCUUCUCUGGAGUAAGUUUUGCUACUGUUGCUACUCCAGAAAGCUCAAACACAUCUCAGUUGCCAGCAGAUCCUACUGUCGCACGGUAUCAAACAUCAGGUUACAGAGUAUAUUUGGACACUGCAACUACUGGGUAUGAAGAGGCGAGCGGAAAUGAACCUGGUACUAUUACUGCAGUUCUCGUAGAGGAUGUUGAAGUCACCCCAAAUCUUAGAGAGAGAAUUCAAGUUUCCCCGACUGUUGAGGAGAAAGCCGAAGUCUUCAUUCCACUGGACAAAGAAGCUAACAUGACCCUAACCAAUAAAGAUGCUAACGUCACCUCAACACAUGAAGAUGAAGCUAGUAUUUCCCCAACUAUUGGAGGUAAAUUUGCCCCAACCCUUGCUCUAGAAGAAGAAGCUACCGCUGCCCCGACAGUUGAAGGAGAGGAUAUUGUUGCCACAAACUUUGGUGACGAAGCUAAUGUUACUCCACUUUUUGACGAAGGAGCUAAUGUUACCCAAAAUCCUGGAGGGAAAGCCACCUUUGCCAAAACAGUUGAAGAAGCAGGGGUUGUGCCAACUCUUGCAAUUGAGGAAGAGGAAUCUAACGUUGCUGAAACAAUUGAAGAAGAAGCUAGUAUUUCCAAAAGCUUUGAAGAGGAAGCUAAAGGUGUCCCAACUCUUGACGUAGAAGCCAGCUCUGUCAAAAACUUUGAAGAGGAAACUCAUGUUAACCCCAGUCUUGAAGAAGAGGCUAACGUUACCAUGACUCUUGAAGAAGAAGCUAGCAUUGCCCCAACUCUUGAAGAAGAUAGCAUUGUCCCAACUGUUGAGGAGAACAUUACCGUUAUUCCUCUUGAUUCACAAACAUCUAACUGGGCUCUACUGACCACUACGACUGGCCCUCAAGAGUCUCUGAAUGAUCUAGAGUACAGUGGAAAAACUUCCUCCUUCACUUCCACAACAACUCCAGAUUCCUCCUCGAGCACAAAACAAGCUUCUGCUACUACAACUACUGCCUCCAUCAAGACCACCACACACUGGUCCAGACGCUCCUGGAGCCCGACCACUGCAAGACAGAGGGUUUCCCACAAGACAACUGAGCCCCCAGUGAUGACAGCCUUCAUGCCACCAGUGGAUCAAGGUCUGGUGGAUGUUGAGUUUAGUCUCACCCAGCCACCCACCCUGCUUAUUUUGCCCAAUGAGAGGGCAGCUGUAGGCGGCACGGGGAAAGUUUCAGAUGCCUGCCUGGGCGACCCCUGUCUCAAUGGAGGAACCUGCACUGAGCAAAGUGGACAAAUUAAGUGUCUCUGUUUGCCAACAUACGGAGGAAACUUCUGUCAGACAGAUGUGGAGCAGUGUGAACCUGGCUGGGAUAAGUUCCAUGGUUUCUGUUACCGACACUUCAGCCAGCGUCUGAGCUGGGAGGUGGCGGAGCAGCAUUGUCGCAUGCUGGGAGCUCACCUGGUGUCAAUCAUGACCCCUGAGGAACAGGGUUAUAUCAACAGUAACUACAAAGAAUACCAGUGGACUGGUUUGAAUGAUAAAACCAUUGAAGAUGAUUUCCGCUGGUCUGAUGGGAAUCCACUGCUGUAUGAGAACUGGUACAGAGGACAGCCAGACAGUUACUUUCUGUCCGGUGAAGACUGUGUGGUGAUGGUGUGGCACGACGACGGACGCUGGAGUGAUGUACCGUGCAACUAUCACCUCGCAUACACCUGCAAGAAAAGCACCUCCUCAUGUGGUCCACCACCAAAGGUCAGAAACGCCUCCCUGUUUGGAAAAGUCCGUCAGAGAUACGAGACAAAUGCAGUGGUGCGCUAUCACUGCGCUGAGGGCUUCCAGCAGAGAUUCAAUCCUGUGGUCAGGUGUCUGUCUGAGGGCAGGUGGGAGAGGCCCCAGAUACUCUGCAUCCCUGAGGCCAGAGGUCCGACUGAGUACCCCGAGGUAACAUCUCAGCCAAGCAGUGACUUUGUUGCAGUUGAAGACCACCGUGAAGCCGUUAAAGAGGCACCCCAGUACUGGGACAUCAGGUUCUAAAUGUUAGCCAUGUUCUCCUUGUCUUCCUUUAUUCAAUACUGCUGUUGUAACUUGAGAAGGUGGCAGGAAGCAACACUUUACCAAUGAACACUCAUACAGGUCUAAAUGAACCACAGUUGCACAGACAAACAACCUGAAGAAGCCUGCAAGCUAUGAAAGGUUUUGUUUUCUUUUGUGGGAGUUUAAAGCUCCAAAGUUUUGAUGUCUGUUAGAUUUUUCCCGUGUGUUUUAGUCAUGAGACUUUAAUAGUUUAAUGUAGUGUCUAUCAGUCUUACAGAAGAGGUUAAAGUGAAUCCUUAUCAAUACAAAGAAAAACAGGAAACAUGUGAAGUCCUCUUCAUAAUGUCAGAUCCAAAUCUACACUGAAGUUUGUUCAGUCAAAAGCCCUUUUACAAAAUGGUGCUAAUGUUUUCAAUAACUUUUCUAUCCAGCAGUUUUGUGUUCUAUUUUGUGAUACAGGAGUAAAGUCCCUGCUUUUUCAAACAAUCUAAGGACUAUCCAAAGCACAAUAUCAAAUCUAACAAAAAGACAAUAGUUACUGUACAUGUAUUUUAGAUUUUACACCUGUGAUUGCUGUCCACAUAUUUCACUGAGACACCUUUUAUUUCCAACGGACACAGUUUUGUUCAUCAGCUUUAUGUUGUAAUAAAGUUUUGUAGAACAGAGCAAAGAAUAAAUUGUUCUCUUAUCUUACCCC